UCAGUCUGAAAAGUUCAUGUGACGCGUCGAGAACGUUGCGAUUCGAGUCCGCUGCUCCCGACUUCUGAUUGCCGAGGCAACAGCGAGGGAAUUCCGCAUCUGGCAUCUGCAUCUGCACAUUCGCCACUCGCAGCUCGCAUCUGCUGCACCUGCUCCGCCCGCCGCACAGGUGGAUCGCCCAGCGCUAAAUCUUUCGGAUUUUCGCGUGCCUUGUGUGGCCUUUUGUUUGGUGGCCCCCUUGAUGGAAAAGUGCUUGCAGACACAGCAUUUAAUAAUGUAAGACUGCCCUAAGACCUGCCGUUCUGUAAUUACACGCGAGUUGCGGAGCAACCGAGGCAGCCACGCCACUCGACUGCGCCAGGACGCCAAGAAAGGAGACGAAGCCGAGGACCAACAAGUUGCCAGCCCAGUCAGGAACCCCCGGAUUCCCAAGGAAGCGAAAGCAGCAAAACGGCAGCCGUGGAUACCAAGGCACUGCGCAGCUCAGCCACUGUGAAGGUGACGUCGGCGGCCACGCCCCCGCACCCGCCCCCGCUGACAACGACGACGACGCCCCUGACAAUUUGUCAGCCGCCACCGCCCACUCCGCCCUACCAGCGGCUCACCAAGGCGCUGCAAUGCGAUCCGCGCUGCGGCCACGAGGUAACCAUCGGCCGUCGCAUUGGCCUCUACAGAUUCUGUGGCGACAUCGGACGCGGCAAUUUCUCGAAAGUGAAGCUCGCUGUCCACCAACUGACGCGUGACAAAGUGGCCAUUAAGGUGGUGGACCUGGAUCGGGCCGGACUGGAUGCCAAGGCACUGCGAAUGCUGUCCAGCGAGAUAGCCACUCUCGAGUGUGUGCAUCAUCCGAAUAUACUGAGGCUUUUCGAGGUGGUCGAAACUCUGGGCCGCGUUUACCUGGUCACUGAGUGGAUUCGCGGUGGCGAGCUAUACAACCACAUCACCCAAGGCGGUCCGCUGCGGGAGAUUCAUGCGGCCCCGUUGCUGAAACAACUCCUCCUGGCAGUCAAACAUAUGCACAGUCUGGGCUACGUGCAUCGGGACAUAAAGGCGGAAAAUGUCCUGCUCCUCUCCGAGGAUCGCCUCAAGCUGGCCGACUUCGGUUUCAGUACCCAACUCAUCAAUGGUGCCAAUCAAAAGCUCGACACGUUCUGCGGAUCCCCUCCGUAUGCGGCGCCCGAGCUCUUCUCCGAUGACCACUACAUAGGGGCGCCCGUGGAUGUUUGGGCCCUGGGCAUCCUGCUCUACUUCAUGGUGGUCGGAAACAUGCCCUUCCGGGCACCAACGAUUCCCGGCCUGAAAGCAGCCAUCCUGAAGGGUGACUAUCUGCUGCCCGGCCAGCUCAGCUUGCCCUGCAUAAGACUUAUACAACGCAUCUUGAUUCAUAUACCCGCCCAGCGGCCAACCAUCGACGACAUGCUGAACAGCCAGUUCGUGACCUGUCCCAAGCUCAGUGCCGAUCUGAUGCAGUGGGAGAUCAACCAGCACACCAAGCCGGUCAAGAGGUCCAUCUUCUGGGUGCGCAGCAAGUCGCAUCGGCUGCGGAAGUCCGCCUCACUACGGGAUCGAUACGCGGAGGUGGUCAAGAAGCCGGCCAUUAGCAUGAACACCAGGCAGCAGGACGAGAUGUUUGUGCAGAACUUCCUGCAACCGAUCGAGAUGGGACACGAACUGUUGGUCCCGGUGUCAAGUCAGCUGAAGGAGCCACAGUCCACCGAGCAGGCGAAGCGUCCAACCAGAAGGUACAUGUUCUGCGGCAGCCUGAAGAAGAAGGUCACGCCCAUGGAAACGGAACCGGAGAAGCAGCUGGCCAACGGUGGACAGUCAAUCGGUUCGGCCAAGAUCAAUCCGUGGAAUGUGGAGGUGGCCGAGGAUUGCCCCCUGUUCAAGAACUACGACGCGGAGACGGGCAGCUGCGUCAUGCUGCCCACGAACACCGAGGAUCUGAGCCAGCUAGGUGCCCUGGAGUUCGAGGCACGCCAGAUCCUGGCCGAGCUGGGCCUCACCUCCGAGAUGCUGAUCAACGCCAGGCAGAGCGGGCCGCGCUCCGACAUCAUUGGCGCCUACAGGAUCGUGGUCAAUCGGUUGCAGAAGCAGUCCUGGCUGGCACGAAAGCACGUGGAGAUGGCACUGCACAGCGAGCCCAAGGUGGAGAAGCGGAUUGAGAGGUCGUGCUGCAUACUCUAAGACAUCCGAAAAUAGUUGUUGAAUGUUCAUAUUACUCUCCUGGUUCCGCUGGGUCUUUGAGUUCCCCGAGAGGAAAGGCAAACUGGGUGUGUCGCUUUUGAAAGGAAUCUAAGGUUCAAGGAACUCAAAUAGUAGCUCAAAAACCUUUCCUACUAGAGGCUAGUCCGUUUCGAUCAGCUUUAAAUAUCCAGUGCUUGAUUUUGAACCAACAAAUUGAGAUUAGAAAAUUUUAUAGUGAAUACAACAUAGAAUUUAACCAGAAUAUCGAGAAUUAGGAUGGAUGAAUUGCAAAAGUUAAAUGCAUUCGAAGCGCAAGAAACAUAAGUCGCUUGAAUAUGAAUAGAAAGGAUUAUCUUCCGAUAGUAGGAGACAGUUGGAUACUCUGAUCUGCAAAUCCCAGUUUGCCUUUCUGCGGGAAUCAGCCCGGAAGGCCAAAGGUCAAGCCCAAUUAGUGUCAAUUCGCCAGCUGCGUAGCCGCGUGUUUGUUGUUAACGUAGAUUCCUGCAUCCUCAUCCUGGUUACUCAUUCGAGAAAGUUCCUUGGUUCGUGUAGCUUGAGUUUGUCCAGCCGUUGAGUCCAGAGGCGGAUGGCAAAGUUGAUAUAUACAUACAUACAUAUAUAUAUACAUAUAUAGAUAUAUACAUAUAGUCCAAGUAUUAUGUAUUUAGUUGUUGGUCCAUUUUUGAGCAUAUACAGACGAAUAUACGAAAGGAAAAUGAAUAUUACGAUUACAAACAUAUAAAUACACACCGGGCUAAGGCGAUUGCCUCGAUCUCAUCGAGUCUUCAAUGUACAACGUUGCAUAAAAAUGUUUAAUUGAUCAUCAAAAAGCGGUAUGUGUCCGUAAGUGUCGCUCUGUGUGUGUGUGUUUUGCCAAAUUGUCUCCCGUGGAGUCAAUCGCGUACAAUAAAGCAGCAUUAUGAAUCGC